GUCUUCCAUCACUGCGCAUGCUCAGUUCCUUGCUAAGGAAGAAAGGAGAAGAUGUCUCUAACGAGGUGAGUUCCACGAAAAGGCCUUUCUUGUUUGAAUUUCACAAAACUUGAUGAUAUUUCGUAUCCACGUUAUAGUAAGAAGUGGAUAUGUCAAAGUCAGUGUUACAGAACGGCGCUUUGGUUAGUCCCAUCAUUGUUAUUUCGGUUCAAAUGUGGCUAACAGUAGCAGCUAAUGCUAGUUAGCUAAUGCUAGUUAGCCAGAACCGUGCGUCGGUAUCUAAACAUUAGCUAGACUAGCAACAUGGACCCGUGGUGAUGAAACUUAAGUCUUUAGCUUGUUUAGAAGUUGCGUCCUGAAUUCAUGAAUUCGUCCAGUUUUGUUAAAAAACACUCUAAAGAUUCGUCUCUUAUUUGUUGGUUCGUUGACUGGCUGUAAUAACGUUAUGGUGCUAAUACGAGCUGUCGCUGUAGGCUAACGGUAGCAUACACAGGCUUAAACCAACCAGCCCAGGAUUAGCCAAGAGUCACACUGUUUUGUGUUGUUUUUAGCUUUCUACCUGCGCCGACCCAGUUGUCCCAGGACCAGCUGGAGGCAGAAGAGAGGCUCCGGACCCAGAAGUCGUACUCCAACGCCCUGGUUUCAUCCCGGAGAGAGCCUCCUCCUUAUGGACACAGAAAAGGCUGGGUGCCCCGCACCCUGGAGGUAAAUCCAGUUACUUUUAAAGUUCGUAACACAAUAAAUGAAGGGUUACAAGGCUUGACACUAACUUUUUUUCCCACAAGGAGCACACAAAGAACUUUAAAGGCACAAUGAAAAUUGAUCAAAUAAUAUUUGCCUUAUUGCUGGAUAUUGAUACUAUUAUUUGAAAUCAAUUUUCGGUCUUUUGGUCACAUGACAUGGAAGCUAUUGAAGAAAAUGUUCAUAAUAUGCCUAGAAAAUUGAAAAAAAAAUUUUUAGAAGACAAAUUAUGGAAAUAAAGAUGUGUGUCCAAGUACUAUUAUUUGAAAUCUAUUUUAGCUAAAUUGGUCACAUGACAUGGAAGCUAUUGAAGACAAAACAGCCUUUUUUUUUGUGAACAUCAACCAGUAAUUUAUUGACCGUCCCUUAUUCAACUCCCGAUGUUGACAGUGAGGGUGCAGAGUAGAUUUAACUGCUGCUGUUGCUAUUCCCAGUUGGGGAAAGUCCCGACUCUUUCGCCUCUGAUUGGCUAGAAAAGCUGAAAACGUCAUCACACACUCAAGCCGAAUGUGGGCUGUCAACUCUGUACAUCAAACAGAACAUAAUAGAACAUUAUCGCACUUCUGAAUGCACUAACCCUAACCUUUACCCUAACCCUAACCCACGUGUGCCCCUAAAUACAUUUUACAAUUCGCACACGCCUAUUUUUAGUUGCAAAUGCAAGUGAAACAAUCGCACUGUCAAGCCCUGGGUUAUCUAUCUAAAUGAUGUUGAAGAGGAUGCAUAAGUGUCAUUCAAGACUUCUCGCCACUAGCCAACCAUUAUCCAAAUGAUUUCACUUCUGUGUUUUUGUAGGACUUUGGAGAUGGGGGAGCGUUCCCAGAGAUCCAUGUGGCCCAGUUUCCUCUGGAGAUGGGCAGGAAGAAAAAGACGUCAAAUGCUCUAGCGGUACAGGUGGACGCAGAAGGAAAGAUCAAAUAUGACGCCAUAGCAAGACAAGGACAGGGCAAAGAUAAGGUAAGCAAGUUUCAAAUGCUAAAUCAGCUGCAAUCUUCCUUUAUGUGACAUCAUCUUGGGACAAAGACUUGAUCAAUUUUUUUAAGGUUGCUUUGUGUCAAUAUUACAUGUUACCACAGUGUAAAUUUGUUUUUAUUCCUGCAUCUUCUGACACUAGAAUUUAAGAACACACAUCUUAGAGAAUUCUCACUUUGUCUCCUUACAAAUUUGUUUUAUAAAAGUGAAGGUAAUUUGUUCAUUUUCAAGUUGCUUAAAAAGAUUCUUGUGUUGUUGCAGGUGGUUUUCAGUAAGUACACAGACCUUCUACCAAAGGAGGUUUUGAAUGAAGAUGCUGCUGAGCUUCAAAAGCCAGAUGAGGAGGCUGUAAAAGAGGUAAGUCAGUCAUUCAGGUGCAAGACCGAUUGUAUAGAACAUUCACUUUAUUUACUUUUCCUUUAACUUCAUGAUUAAGAAUCAUGUGUAUGACAUUUACAUAAAAACAAUAAGUAUUCAGACAUGUGUAUUUUUUUUGUAGCUGACAGAGAAGACCAGGGCUGCCCUGGACAAGCAAGUUUCACAAAAGAUUGCAGCUGCUAUGCCUGUAAGAGCUGCAGACAAACAAGCACCAGCACAGUAUAUCAGGUAUGUGUCAUUUUAAACUGUUUUUGUACAAUUAUGAACCGCACGAUUAAAGGUAGCUGAUGGAAUCAUUUUCAGAUGGGUCAUGAGAAACUGAUGUAAAAACUUUAAUAGUUUGAUCGUCUUUUUGCCUGUAUUUGUGUUUGUGGAUUAAGGUAAACUGUUUGGACAUCAUAACACAUUUUCCCUCUUUUGUCUCUUCCGCAGAUACACUCCGUCUCAGCAGGGGGUGGCAUUCAACUCAGGGGCCAAACAGAGGGUGAUCCGCAUGGUAGAAAUGCAGAAAGAUCCAAUGGAGCCACCACGUUUCAAGUAAGUAAACCAGUGUUAUUUUACUUUCAUUGACUUAACAACCAAUCGGCACUAAGGAGCAGCGUCCGUCUCACAACCAAUCAGGAUGGGGGAGGCGGAGAACGGCUUUGUUUACAGCCAGAAAGAGCGGACAGCUCAAGAAAUUUUAAAAUGUUGACCACACAGACAUAACAAAACACAGCGAUAUUGUUAUAUUACCAAAUGUCAUCAAUAACUAAUAUCUAUUGACUGAUAUUAGAAGCUUUUUUGUAUAUACACCACAAAAAAGACGCUUCUUUAACGGGUUCCUGCCUACCCCACCUUUAAGAAUAGAGACACGGCCAAAGGAAAUAUAAGCGAGAUACAAGUAAUGAAAGACAAAAUGAUCUAAAAGAAGCUUUAAAAAAUUAAAACCCAUCUGCAAGGUUAUGAUUCAUCUUGUGUCCAAAUUAAGUUCCCCGAGAGUAAAUCACCUUCAAACGUCUUAAUAAGUAUUGUUAAUGAAUGCACAUUUCCCUCUUGAUAUAUUUAUUGAAAUAUUCAAAGUUUGAACCGAUUCAUUAAGACUUUUCCUCGAUGAGGUAAUUUUAGACCAAAGUGUUCAAUUAUACUCGACAGUUUUAUGGUUAUAAUUUGUUGCAACAAUCCUCUUGACAAUUUUUCUUGUGCGAACCAGGUUCUGCUUGACUAUUUAUUCAUCAAAUAAAAGUAAUUUCCUUCCCCUCGGCUUAACAAAUAUGAUGAAGUGAAACAGAUCUGAUUGUGUGUUUCAGAAUCAACAAGAAGAUUCCUCGGGGACCUCCAUCUCCACCUGCUCCAGUCAUGCAUUCCCCAAGCAGAAAGGUACAUUCGGCUGAAAUGUUUGUCUUCUCUGAGCGCCUCUUUUUAUGCCGUGGAGGAGGAAAAAAAUAGAUAUUUGCACAUUUCAAAAGAAAUCAUGUUUGACAGUUUCUCCUUUUGUUUUUAGAUGACAGUAAAGGAGCAGCAGGAGUGGAAGAUUCCUCCAUGCAUCUCCAACUGGAAAAACGCUAAGGUAAUGUGACAUCAGAAUCAGUCUGAACCCUUCUCUUAAUGUCAAACACAAGGGGGCAGGUCAUGCUGUCAUUUUCUUAUACCGGGCUUAUUUGUAAGUUUGGGUUUGAUGCAUGGCGUGUGGAGUAUUGGAGUUUCAGGAUGCCAGAUCUUAUGAUUGUAAUUCCAGCUCGCCUCUUUCUCCUCAACUUAUUUCUUUUGUUUGAUGUGCCUGUCAUCUCUCAGGGUUACACCAUUCCUCUCGACAAACGUCUGGCUGCCGACGGCAGAGGGCUGCAAACAGUUCACAUCAACGAAAACUUCGCCAAGCUCGCCGAGGCGCUCUACAUCGCCGACAGAAAGGUACAACGCCGUCGAUACUGAUUGAAAUGUGCCAGCGGAUCAUUUUUUUAACCAUUAGGGAUGUAUAUGUACAUGUAUUUCAUGUGCAUCGCCAGGUUCGUUGCUGUUCGUUGCUGCACAGCAUUGUUUGCAAACUGCGUGCGCCUUGUCAAGUUGACCUCCUCGCUUGAAAAACCUGAAAUAUCGCCACACCUUCGUUUUGUGUGCCUUUUUUUGGUGCAUGAAAUAUCUUGCCGCUGCUCUCGUCAUUAUCGUUUGCCUCCAUAUUUGUUGUGUACAACACCUGCUCGCGUCAGUGCCCGAGGACGCGAUGGUGCGUUCAGGUUGCCUCGGAAAAGACGACAGGACGGGGAAUAGAUUCUAGAACAUGAAUUUAUCAAUCUAACAGAAGAGAUGCACCACAAAUUCACCCCGCUUUGCAAACGUUGAAUCUGUGAAUCUUGACAUCCCUAGUAACCAUAUAUUAUGUAACAUGUGUUUCCAUAGGCCAGAGAGGCAGUGGAGAUGAGAGCCCAGGUUGAGAAGAAGAUGGCUCAGAAGGAGAAGGAGAAGAAGGAGGAGAAACUGAGAGAGCUGGCUCAGAUGGCUCGAGACCGCAGGGCAGGGAUCAAAAGUCACGGAGACAAAGGUAAGUCCAACCAGAAGAGGGUUUCCUCUGUCUGUUUCUUACUUGUGUUUUUCCCAAGCGGGUGGAAAACUUGUUGUCAGUAAUGUCGCCACUUCUAAAUCUGGCAUGGCGAGAGGCAGAAGUGAUGACAAUGCUUCUCACCACUCCAGCUCAGAACCAGCCGAGUGUGAAGUGUUUUUCGCCUCCCCGCUGAUAAUUCACGUUCAGAUUUUGAAGAAAGAUAACCCGUGUUGCAUGUCCUGUCUUUCUGAACGACGGAAACAGAAAUCAAAUUCUUAUUGCGUGUUUUUUUUUUCUUCUGUUUUGAAUUUCAACAUCUGUCAGCUGUGUUUGUUUUUAUAAGUUAAUCUUCUCUCCUCUACCGAGUCUCAACCACCUGCCUCAUAUUUCUGCCAUGCCUAUACCAUCUGUUUUUUUCAUUACCCCUAACACCACCUAACAUCCGCUUUCCUCACCUCUCGCUCCUCAUUUCUCCCUCCAUCUGUCUCCCUCUUUAUCGCAAUGUUUCUUUUCACCUCUGCGCAUCAUCUGCGACUUGUCCCAUUAUCUGUCUCUCACUUUUCUCCUCAUGUCGAUUUAAAAAAAAAUCUUUUUGUGUCUUUUCAACCCCUGUCGUCCCUCCCCCCGUCCCACGCAGCAGGUGGCGAGGACAGCGAGGCCAGAGAGCGUGACGAGAUCCGCCACGACAGACGGAAAGAGAGACAGCACGACAGGAACAUUUCCAGGGCGGCUCCUGAUAAGAGGUGCUGGACACGCACUUUAGAUGCACACACCGCACGUGAACUCGCCUUACACACACAUAUACACAUACACGCUGCUGAAUCAUUCAUGGUACCAGCAGUAACACCGAACAAACCCAGCAGGAUCCAGCAGAGUACCCAGGCAGUAGUCCUUGUCUGCAGUGAUCCGCAUACUGUGCAUGAGAUAUGAGUGAUCAGUAUGUGUGUGUGUCUGUGUGUGAACCGUCAGGUUGUCAUUUGAUCGAACUGAGGGACCCUAGAGAAGUGGAGGGAUUGAAAUUCAGAGGAGAGCUCAUUACAAUCACAAUUCCAGCUGUCAGAAAGCACAAACCUUGUUAUCUUAAAAUUACCUUUCACUUCACUUUGAGCCUCCGCUCGCUGAAGGACAGUCGAGAUGUUAAAGUCACCAAGAACUUAAUAAACAAAGUCACACAUUACAUAAUAAACCAAUGCCUCAAAAGCGAAAUGGUUUUACUCUUUUUGAUGUAGGGGUGUUUUUAUUCUUCGUUAAUGUCCGCUGUGGUUCUGUCUCACAGGUCGAAGCUGCAGAGAGAUCAGGACAGGGACAUCAGCGAGCUCAUCGCUCUGGGUAUGCCCAACCCUCGGUCUGGUAGUGAGGCUCAAUACGACCAGAGACUCUUCAAUCAGAGCAAGGUAAGAAUCGUAGAUGUAUCAGCCGGUAUCUGUUAUGCUGCCUAAGUAUGGAUUUGGAAGCUUCGAGUUGGCCGGACAGAAGAAUUAACAUUGAAUCCAGAAUCAAUGUUGCAGGAGAACACCUCUCCCUGCAGGUUAUACUGGUUUAUUGAUCACAGUGGUGUUAGUGGUGCAGCUAAUAUUGUAAAUGUAGCUAAAGUGCGUCUUAUACACCAACUCUUACAGCAUUUUUGUACCUCAGGCUCUUUAAAAAUCCGUAAUAAACUAAUGAACUAACUAAUAAAAAGAUAGAAAACUGAAUCGAGGAGUACAGAAACUCCCCAAACUAGACACCACUGUGACACCUCUGUGUGUCUCUUUCCAGGGUAUGGACAGCGGUUUCGCCGGCGGUGAGGAUGACACAUACAACGUGUACGACCAGCCGUUCCGCGGCGGCAGAGACAUGGCCGCAAACAUCUACAGACCCAGCAAGAAUAUUGAAAAGGACGCCUACGCCGACGACUUUGACACACUCAUGCAAAACAACAGGUACGACAGAUUGUUCUGUUUUUGUUUGAUCCUGAAUGACAUAUUUGUUUAUUUUAUACUAAUAUUGUCACAUUUGUGCCAGGUUGCUUUUUCAGAGAUCUGUCAAAAUAUAGUUGACUUUCACCAAGAGGAAGUCACGAGUAACAAGUUUAAUAUGUGUGUUUGUGUUCCUGUCUUUCUAUAUUUUUGCAGACUUUGGCUCUCAGACACUCAAAAAAAAUACUGUUACAAUUUCUAUAAGAAUAAAUAAGGACGACCUCAUUUUUUAAAAUUUGCUUAAACGUAAGGUAACACCCGAGACCUAAUGAGUUUGAGACAGUGAAAAUACAUAUGGUAUGUUGUAUCUGAACAGGUUAGCUUAUGAGCUAAAGUUACUUAGCACAGAUGAAAGUUAAAACAAACGUCGCUGAUGUGAACGCUUGUAUUGACAGGAUACGGGUUCCGAAAAAAAUCUUGACGUCUGAAAUAAUCACACGAAAAAAAACGGUCACGGUGUGAAAAGACCUUUACUUAUACGAUUAAAACCCACAGGAUCUGGAACAGCUGCGCUCCGAUCCGGCACGGCAGGCAGAUCAAAUAUGCAAGCAUUAUAAUCAGUGUGUGCGAUUUCACAGAAUCCGUCCACCGUCCGCCUCCGCUGCGGAUCUGCUCCGGCGGCCAGAUCAGCUACGCAAGGGUUCUAUUUUUGCCAGACGCGGCAGCACGGCACAAGCAGCAGCGGAAGUUUUGUGCACCUCAAGUGAAUACCUUGAUCUGUUCACUUGAUAAUAGGAGAAGCCAGAAUUGUGUGUUUAUAUACACCGACGGACGGAUCUCAUUCAAUGUCUUAAGGGAAAACACGCAAGAUCUCGCCCAGUUUUGUGAGAAAUAUCUGUAUUCUCGCGAGCGCUUCUCCUCCGAUGGCAGUGGUGCAUCGCAUCCGGUGGGUGCUGUAUUUUUGCGUAUUUGAUCCACCUGCUGGUCCAGAACUGUGCAGAGCCGUUACGGAUCCAGUGGAAUCCCCGGGUUAGACAGAUUUAUCAGACAAUCCGAACCUGUCUCCAAGGUGACACUGUGAAUGUUUAUCGACCCGUUAAUCAAGUUUGGAGGCAAAGUGAAUCAGACUGCGAACAGAACAGCAAAAGUUUUAACCUUCUCAUCAUCAUAAUCACCAAAAAUAACAAAAGCCUGAUUUAUUCUGAGGUCACUGUGGCAUUAUGUCGAAGCACGAGGUAAGAGUGCACAUGACGCCCCAGCAGGAGCUCUUGUCCUUGGGGGCAGCAGUGCCACACUCCACCAGUCGAGCAUGGCCUGUCCCAUAUGUUUAGUCACCAGCUUGUCAUUGUCCUCUAGGAAUGUUGUCUGGCUGCGGGGUGUUACACCGCCGUGCGAAAACAAUGAGCGAAAAUCUUCGACUUAAACAGAUUUCCUCAGACAGAAAAACAGAUGUUCCACGGAAAACCUGAUAGUUUAGAUGCAGCCUAGUAAUUCUCCUCAUGAGAAAGUCGUCUGCUUUCCUGCUCCGACGAUACCGGAAUAACAAAAACAACAGCAAGACUCUAAUGAUCUUAUAUUUCCUGUCCUCCACGCCAGGUUUGUACCGGACAAAGAGUUCUCAGGUGCCGAUCACGGGCAGAGGCGAGAGGGUCCUGUGCAGUUCGAGGAGGAUCCCUUCGGUCUGGAUAAGUUCUUGAAGGAGGCGAAGCAGCACGGAGGCUCCAAGAGGCCCUCCACCAGCGGCCGCUCAAAGGAAGACUACCACGACAAGAAACGCAGGAAGGAGUAAGAGCGAGGCGGCGCAGAGGGCGGUGUCAGGCUGCUGCUAUCGUGUCGGAGGUCAGGGAGGUGCUCUGCAUCCCCCCAGUGGUUGACAAGUUUUUGAGUAAACUAAACUCGAUCAGGAAUCAUCUGCCAGGUGUUUGUUUCUUUAGUGUGAGGAAGGUGAAAUGCUGCGUUCGAGUUACCUCGGAAGUCGGAGCUGAAAAUCACGGCACACCAAAGUUACCAACGUUUCAGGCACCGAGUCGGAAGAAAGCAAAAUUGGAAAGUUAUUUUAGAGCUUGCCUUGUCUUUGUUAGCCAUCUUGUUUCCACCUCCGAUUUUGUUUUUUUCCGACUUUGUAACUAAAACGCUUAUAACUCGUGUGUAACGUCGUUUUCGGCUCCAACAUCUGACUUCUGAGGUAACUCAGUAAAGAUUGUCAGAGAUGCUCAUGAUUUCAUCUUUUUUGCAUUUGUAGUUUGCUCCUCGUUUCGAUAUCAUUCAGCGUCAUGAUAAAUACGACUAAAGUGGAGCUAAAUUGAUAGCUGUUGUACGUGCGAGGUCAGCCUCUGCAUCUUUAAAAGUCUCACUGCAGCAAAGGCCAUAUUAUAUGUAAAGCCCAGAUAUUCGAUGUUGUUUUUGUCAUUGAAACCUGUAGAUUUUAGUUAUUUUAUCUUUUUUUUUUACAUCUGCAGAGUUAAAGAAGCCCAGCAGAAACUGUUCACACCCCUUUUUUUCUGAUUUGUCCCUCUCCCUGUCAGCUGUGUUUUAUUUAAGCCUCUGGUGUAACUGUGUGCGCAUUCAAACCCCGUGUGUAAUGGCAGAUAUGUACAGAAGUCUGAGCUUUUACCUGGAAGAUGUUAAGCAAACUAGCUUUAUAAUUCUUGUACAUUACUACCAGCGGAUAAAUAAAUUUCAUAUAGCGUGUAA